AUGUUCAAACAACUGUCACAAAUUGGUAAGAACCUGACCGAUGAAUUAGCGAAGGGUUUAGCGGAUGAUGUGAACGGAGCCUCAUCGAAUCAACAAACUGAAGAUGACAAGAGUGGCUUACCUAAAGAUAUACAAAUCAAAUUAAGGAAGUUUGAAAAGUACGAACAGAAGUAUCCCUUGUUACUCUCAGCUUACAAAAAUGAGAAACAGAAAUCCGAGAAGUUUGAGGCUAUCGAAAAGAUUUUGGCAGAAAAUACACCCAUAUCGAAUAUUGAUGAUGCAGUUGAUACGUUGCCAGCCUUUUUCCAAGAUCUAAAUAACAAAAAUAAUCUUUUGAAUGAUGAGAUCAAGAGAUUAACUAAGGAGAAUUCUGAAGUGGUGCCGGAAAGUACCUCAGGGGACAUACUAAAUGAUAAAGAAGAAUUCUUACAGAAAGAGCAAGGAUACAAAAACGAUAUACAUGGACUAGAGGAGAAGAUGGAUGCUUUAAAAAAUGAUUUAGCUACCUUGCAGAAAGGUAAAGAGGGUAUUAUAUUAGAGUUAGAGAGAAAAGUAGCUGCAUUGGAUCAGCUUAAGGAAGAGAAAGAUACCAAAGAACAGGAAGACAGUGCGUGUUUAUUCAAAUUAAAGGAGGAGUUGGCCAUUAAGGAUCGCUCUUUUGAAGAAAGCCAACUAAAAAUAAGAGAACUGGAGCAGGAAUUGGCGUCUCAUAAAGUUACAAUGGAAGAAAACACCGCGACGUUAACGGAGUUAAACACCUCUUUAAAAGAGAAGGAAGAAAAACUGGAAAAUCUGGAAAACCAAUCAAAAGAGACGUCAAAGACAAUCGUGUCUAAUGGCUCGUUGAACCAAAACGUAGGAAGCAACAACAGAAGGAAGAAAAACAGAAAGGGGAAGAAAAACAAGGGAAGUACGAGUGUUGAUGGCAUCAAUGAAGAGGAAAAUUUUGAUAACCUAAUUAAUGCUGAAGGUUAUAAGAAACUGAAGGAAGAUUUACAAACGAUACAAGAAAAACAUAAGGAUUGUGAAGACUGGAAGCAUCAGUAUGAAGAAAUAAAAACAAAAAUAGAAAGCGCUAGUGGAUUGGAAGACUCACAGCUUGAAAAAUUAGAGAAAGAGCUCGAAAAACUGAAUGUAGAGUUAUCUGAAACUAAGAAAUCUUUAAAAGAGAAAAACUCCGAAUUAGAAGAAGUAAGAGACAUGCUGAGGACUGUAGGAAAUGAACUGGUAGAUGCGAAAAAUGAGAUAAAAGAAUCAUCCAGCCAGCAAAAUGAAGAAGUAAAAGCUGGUAAAAUGGAGCUCGAUGACUUGCGUCAUAAGAACGCAGCGAUGAUCGAGGCUUACGAAACCAAAAAUUCAGAAUUAAAAGAUAAAUUGGAUUCGUUAAACAAAGAAGUGGGGUUCUUGAAAACUUCAAGCACGGAAAAGGAAAAAGAGCAGGAGUUAUUGCAGAACAAGCUAGCCAAAUUAAACGAAGAGCUUUCACAGCUGGCCCUCGAGAAGUCGAAUAUAACAAAGGAACUUACUUCUUUAAAAAUAUCUUACAAGCAAAAGGAAAAAACUGUAGGUUACUUGGAAGAGCAGGUUAAACAGUUCAAUGAGCAAAAGGAUGCGGCUGAAAAGUCAACAGAGCAGUUGAAAAAAGAAAAUAUCAAAAUUUCCAAUAGAUUAGAGCUACUUAAAAAGGAAAACGAAACAUUGCAUAACGAUAUCACAAAGAAUGGUAACUCUUAUGAAGCCUAUUUGAAGGAAAACGGCAAGUUAUCUGAAAGGUUAAAUAUUCUGCAAGAAAAGUAUAAUACUUUACAAAAUGUGAAGAGUAAUUCGAAUGAACACAUGGAUUCGAUUAAAAGACAAUGUGAGGAAUUAAACGUCAAGUUGAAGGAAUCUAACAAGAAAAUACUAUCUUUAGAAGAUGAACUUAAUGAGUAUGCUAAUAUUGUUCAAGACAAGACCAGAGAAGCCAGCACUUUGAGAAGAUUAGUCUCAGAUAGUCAAUCUGGUGAUUUGAGUAAGCAAAAGGAACUGGAAAAUAAAUUGGAGUACUUGACUGAUGAGAAGAGUAGACUGGAAUCGGAACUGAAUUUACAAACGUCAAGAAAAGCCAGUGAAUUACAAGAAUGGAAGCGUACUGCGGCCGAGCUAAAAUCAGAAAUACACGCACUGAAGCUUCGUGAAAAAGAACUGAAGUCAGAGGUCAAGGCACUGGAUUCCGCUAAUAGCGAUAUUAGGCGCAAGACCCAGGCCACGUCGGAUGAUUCUAACCAACUGGAACAAAUCAAAUCCAAUUUAAAGCUUGCGUUAUCUAAAGCUGAGGAAAGAAAUUCAGAAUUACAAUCAACCAAUGAAAGUCUUUUGAAUUUAAAUAAUGAACUCAACAAGAAAUUCGACCGACUAUUGAAAAAUUACCGUUUAUUGUCUUCUCAAUUGAAUACUAUGAAGGCAAAACAACACAGCGAUAAUUCGGGAAGAAUAAGCAGAUCUAGUUCUAUGAGUUCCUCCGCUAACGGGAAUGGCAAUCUCUCAACAGCCAGUGAGUCUCAUUUGCCCAUAGAAGAGAUACGAUCAUCAAGCUCUUUAGAAUUAGACUCCGAAAAAAAUGAAAAAAUUGCAUAUAUAAAAAAUGUUUUGUUGGGGUUCUUAGAGCAUAAAGAACAACGAAAUCAAUUACUGCCUGUGAUUUCCAUGUUGUUACAACUGGACAGUACUGAUGAAAAAAGACUGGUAAUGUCUUUAAAGUGA